AUGAACGAUGUUUACUCAAAGUUGUUUGGUAAAUGGAUCCACCCCAAUGCUUUAUUUGUAUAUCCUGUAACACAUCUUGAACAUUAUAUUACUGCAACAUUGGUGAAUGAAUGGAAUGCAGCCAACCUGGUCGCUAGGGGAAAAACAAGCUUAAAGAAUAAUUAUAGAUUUUUGGCAAAACUUGAAAAAUUGUUUAGUAUACUGAAUUUUAAUUGCCAAAUUAUUACUUGUCAAGAGAAAAACUGUUUUUCAGAAUGUAAAGAUGAAGCCCAUAAAAACUGUACGUGCGAAAAGAAGAAAAAAUUUCCUACGAAAGAGUUAGUUUUUACUCUUGGGCAAGGAGCUAAUAUAGGGACUACCGGUUCACAUCAAAUUGGAUUAGCUGACUUGAAAGAAAACAAAAAGCUACAAAAAAUUGGAAAAAGCAGAUUGAAGGAAAAACUAAAGCAAAAAGCGUCAGAAGAACUGCAACAAACAAUUAGAAGCCAGGAAGGAAAGUUUGAAUUUGAAUUUAGUGAAACAGAUGAAUUAUUUAAUAUAUCACAGACAUGCACAGCACUCAAAAGUUUUUAUCUGACAAAAUAUGGCAAAAUCGAUGAAAUUCAACCACCAUUAAAAUCACCUGCAAAUGUUGAUUUAAUGCAUAAAUUUGUUGACCUAUGUAUCGUUGAUGCAGCUAUUAUUCAGAGAGAUGCUGUUUUUGGUAUUGAAAGAGAGGAAUUUCUCAAAAAGCAAUUGCAUUAUACACCAAUCCCAUAUAGUGAAAUAUUUAUGAAAGAAAAAUCUGUAACUUUAAUAUCUGGAAUAGCUGGUAUUGGGAAAACAUGGUUACUUAGAAAAUGUUUGCUUGAUUGGUCAAAUGGCCUAAUUUGGGAAAAUGUUAAACUUGUUUUUUAUUUGGAAUGCAGGAGGCUUAAUCUAUGUCAAAAUAUUGGUAAUAUCAACGAUUUACUCAACUUUUUCUACAAAGAUAUUAUAAAUGGUUUUGAUGUUAGUAGUCAUCCUGCACUUUUUGUAAUUGACGGAUUAGAUGAGUUCAAAUAUUUAAAUGAAUUAAUAAAUUGUAUUUCAAGUCAUAACUAUCCAAUCGUUAAUGUUUUAUCAGAAAUUCAAAAGUAUAAAUGUGUAGUUGCUGGUAGAGUUUAUGCAAUUGAUAAGUACCAAAGUAUACCUACAGAGCAUAGUGAUAAGAUUAACAUUCAAAUUAUGGGAUUUAAUGAAAGCGGAAUAAAUAAUUAUAUAGAAAAUAAUGUUUUAAAGGAAAAAAAAGAUGUUGUGAAAGUAACUUUAAAAGAAUCUGCAAUUGCUAAGUCCAUGUCAUCUGUUCCAUUUUAUUUAUCUUCCAUGUGUAAGAUUAUUAGUAAUUCAAAAAGUUUAUGCAAAAAUUCUUUUUUAACAAUGACAGAUUUGUAUGCAAAUAUUUUUUUAUACUUUUUGCAAAAUCACAUCAUCAAAAACAAUGAAUUGAUUUAUCAGUUUGUGGAAAACAACUCUAAUAAAAAAUAUAUUUUGAACAUUUGUAAAAUUGCAUAUCUAUUGUUUGUUGAAAAUAAAGUAAUUUUUUCCAAAGAAGAUAUUCAAACUUUUAUUACUGACUUCGAUAUAAAUGAAGAAAAGUUUUUUGGAUUUAUAGAAAGGAUUGAAACAAAUCUAGGUUUUUUUUAUCAAUUUGCACAUUUGACAAUAAUGGAGUUUUGUGCAUCUGUAUAUGCAUAUAAUUGUUUAAGUAGUGAAGAGAUUAUAGCCGAUGAAAAGCUAAAAAGUUGUUUGUCAAUGAUUUGUGGUUUAACCAACAAAAAUCAAAAUAGUUCAUUAAGGUUUCUUGUUAACCUGAAUCCUUUAAAAAAAACUUGCGAAGAAUCUUUAUUUUUGUAUUUCAUUUUUGAUUGUUUACUUAAAUUAUAUCGUCAAUGUGAUAAAAAAAAUAAUGAACUUCGAACUUAUUACGUUAAUUUAUUCAUUGAAUGUUUUUAUGAAAGUCAGUCAUCAUUUUCUGAUGAAAUAAAAUUUAUCGAUGAACGAGAGUGGACGAUUUCGAUUGACAAUGGAAAAACUUCUUACGAAACUUCUUGUGAAAACUAUUUUGUAAAUCAUUACAUUAAAUCUGGAAGAAAGUUAUCUAUGUUAACUGUUCGUAAAAAUAAAAGUGUUCACAAAAAUAUUUUAAGUGAUGAAGAAAAAAAUCUUAUAAUUCAAUGUUCUACAAAUGUUCGCGAAGUCGACUUUUAUUGUCUAAUUAACAUCGAAGGAUGGAAACCGAAAGAUAAGAUUGAAGGCUUGUAUAUAGACAUCUCACGUGAUUUAAUAUCGAAAAAAGAUUUUGAAAAAAACUUUCUUCCGUGGAUUAAUCUUUGUGAAGGAUUAUAUCUUGAACUUUACAAAGACAUCGAUUUCAUGGAAGAGAUUUAUGAAUGGAUUCGUUGUUCAAAUAUCAAGAAGUUGUGGAUAGAGUACCGUGGAAAAAACUUUAAUAACCUCGAUAAAUUAAAAAAUUAUAUAACACAGAAAAAUGUUUAAUAAUAUAAAUUAUAUAUAAACAGUAACUAUAAAAUAAAAAAUGAAAUA